AUCAGCUUCUAAUGGUGAUGACAGUAAAAGGUCUUUCUCAGUGAGUGAGUGAGUGUGGAGUGGGUGAGGAGAGCAGGGAGGGCUGGCAGUCAGAAAGAAGCAAAGUAAUUCUUCCCAGCAAAGCACAGACGCUUGUGCUUGAGCGGGAGCUGCAGUUACUGUACGUCCCCUCUUUUCACUCCUCGUGCGUGUGCAUGCUUGCACUCUUGACUGCUGGUAUUUUCUCUUCAUUCUCUAUUGCCCCCUCGAGUCCAGACAGGUCCAGUGUUUCCAUUUUGGAUAAUUUGGCUGCAAACGCGCGCGCCCACACUUCUCCAGAGCCGCCACAACUCAAGGUGAAUGCCGUCAUGCCAUUUGGGUGCCUUGCUUUGCGAGAUGGGCAGACUUAUGACAGUAUAUCUGAUGUGACAGACAAAUAUGAGAUUGGUCAGGUUCUCCGAGCGAAGGAGUUCUGUGAGCUGUGCCUGGCAAAGGACAGACAAACAAACAAAGUGUUUGUCUGCAAGAAAUUUCUCAAAAAAGAUGGCAGGAAAGUCCGCAAGGCUGCCAAGAACGAGAUCAUGAUCCUGAAAUUGGUCAAUCAUCCAAACAUCCUUCAGCUUAUAGAUACAUUUGAGACCCGGAAAGAAUACUACAUCAUCCAGGAACUAGCCACAGGGGGGGAUGUCUUCGACUGGAUUCAGGAUCAAGGCAACUACACAGAAAGAGAUGCCUCCAAUGUCAUCAGACAGGUCCUGGAGGCUGUGGCAUAUUUGCACUCCCUCAACAUAGUCCACCGGAAUCUGAAGCUGGAAAACCUAAUGUACUACACUGAGAACAACCACAACAAAGUAGUUCUGCGAGAUUUCUACCUUUCUAGAUUUGAGAAUGGGCCAAUCACUGAGCCUUGUGGAACACCAGAAUACCUGGCACCUGAAGUAGUGGCUCGGCAUCGAUAUGGUCGACCUGUGGAUUGCUGGGCCGUGGGUGUCAUUAUGUUCAUACUUUUAUCGGGUAACCCUCCUUUUUAUGAUGAGACGGAAGAGGAGAACACGGAUCUACAUAAUCGCAUAAUUUUCUGUCGUAUUGUUGCUGGGGACUUUGAGUUUGAUUCCCCAUACUGGGACGACAUCUCCCCUGCAGCGAAAGAGCUUGUCUGUCGACUCAUGGAGGUGGACCAGAUGCUGAGAAUCACAGCACAAGAAGCACUUUGGCAUGAAUGGAUCGCAGGGAAUGGCGCAUCAGAGAAAAACCUAAAGGAUGGUGUCUGUGCCCAGUUUGAGAAGAACUUUGCAAAGGCCAAAUGGCGGAAAGCAAUCCGUGUCACCACCUUCAUGCAACGUCUGAAGAACUCUGAGUCAGUUAUGGACAGUUCAACUGAGGUACUGAGUGGUGAAGAAGGGGAUGUUAAAGGAAAAAUGUCUGAAGUGACAAGUAAUGAGGAGGUCCCCAGGGUUAUAGAAGGCGGGGUUAUUACCGGAGGUGUGCCAUUAGAGGUCAUGGUUGAAAAUAGGCCAGCGAACGUUGACCGGGAGAUUGAAAACCAGCAGGCUGUAGAGGUGAAUAUUAAAGUUGGCGCAUCCACACCCCCUGAUAAGCCUGGUACAAAGAAAGUGACAGAUGGUCAAACCAACAUAACAGUUCCCAAUUUGAAUGAAAGCAAAGAAUCCAAAAUAAAACCUACUAAGACCACUGAAUGCACAAAGCUAACACACAGCGUUUCAGGUUCCCAUCCUGACAAAAAACAGACAUGCACCUCCCCAGAUGCCAGCAACAAGCACAAGAUGACUGCAACACUUCACAGCCCUCCACCCGCAGCCACUGCAAAUGCCACACCGAAGGAUAAAAAUGAUGGAAGCUGGUGUCAGACACAACUGCCUGAGGCGGUGGCAGAGAGUUCAGUAGGAGCAUCGGUCACUCAGGCAAUUGCACCCACUGUUGGGGCUGAUGUAAGUCUAGGUGUUAGGUUAAGGGGUGAAACCAGUCCCGUGUUGAGGAGGGACAGGGACGCCAAGAAAACUGACCGUUACAGUGCAGAAUUUAAUAUUGCCAAAGAAGGUCCUACAGCAGGUCAGGGAUGCUAUGCAAUUGGGAGCUCUGCUAGUCUGGGCCGGCACGCCACACCGUACAAUAGAGACAUUGGGACCAUAGGCAUGGGAAUGACAGGAGUCUAUGGGAGUCCAUAUUCCACCUUGUAUGGAAGUGGAAGAAGUGUUGGGAUGUAUGGGACUGGGUUGCAUCAGGGAGUGGGAAGCAGAACGACAAGCGACUGGCAAAUGGACAGUGUGAUUGAGCAGAUUGAAAAGCAAAUGGUGGCAGUACUGGAGAAGAUUGAGGGAGACAUGCCAUCAUUGCUGGAGCAAAUCAGUGACUGCCCAUCUGAACCACUACGUAUUAGGAGCGCACACGCCUCACCUGCAACCUCCCGGGCACGCACCUCCCAUCACUGCUCUUCUGAAACCUUGGCCACCCCACCACCUCUUCCAACUUCUCCUAGGCCUGCUCUGCCAUCCCUCCCUCAUCUUACUAUCCCCCCUCCUUCCUAUCCUCCACCUUCCCCACCAUCUCAACCCUCAGUGCAGACUACAGAACAUCAAGAAUUUGGACAGAGAGGGACUGAAUGUUCUGGACAAUCCUCCAGAACUAGUAUGGGCAGGGGGUUGUAAAGUAGGUGGGAAUGAUCAAUAUAAAAGGUGUAACAACACAGAUUUGGGUUUGAAUGAUCUUAUUUUCAUGUAAAUUACUGGCGACCAUGCUAGAUGGAAGUACAGAAAAUGAGAAUAUAGAUGGAUAAUCUCAUUAGAUAUGCUCCAGCACCCCACGAUCCUGACAAGGAUAAGUGGCGUUGAAAAUGGAUGGAUAUUCUUAUUAUGUACCUUGUUACCUUGUCACACUAAGACAGCACAUCCAUGUUGUAUUGUUUUGUAUGGCCACAAGAUGACUCCUAUAUAUAGUAUACGUUUGUAACACUAAACUCUUACACCUGAGUGAAAGGAAGUAAUGGAAUGUGAAUUUAUGAUUAACAAAUUUGUGCGUUAUGCUCACAAGACUUCAUCAUUCUGGUAUCAAGGCACUUUGAUCAAAGUCCACAGCAGAGGGGUGGUACAAUAACAGACAUGCUAAAACACUCAUUGUAAAUACAUCUACUGUAACUUACAAUUCAUGUUAUGCUAUGUGUUGUAAACUUCCUUAUGUCCAAACAUCUUUUAACAUUAAUAAUUACGCACUUCCAGUUUCAUUUUCAUCCUUUUCAAUGUAGCCAUACAAUUGAGAGGGAGAUCAGUAUAGUAGCCAACUGGAUUGAUGAAGCCUUGAGAUGGAGAUUGGUUUCCUUGAAAUCACCCUUCCAAGUUAUCCCCCAAAUAAUCUUGAAUAUUUUUGUGGAAAAAAAGUCAAUUUAUUUCACUAUCACAAAUGUAAAAGCAAUUUACAUUUUAAUCAUAUGCUUUUUGGGUCAAUGUACCUAAAUGUUAUGUGCACUUCUCUGGAUCAAGUCUAUCCUUCACCCUACCCAAUGUAAAAUAUAUUGUCUUUAAAAUAUAUUGUGUCUGAAAGUCUUGCAUCCAAAUAAAAGGCAAAUGUCAUCUUAACCAGUUUUAUUUAUUCAUAUAUUUGUUAUCGGGACAGAUCAAUGACUGAUUUUAGGGCACCGGU